GAGAAAAUUCCCUUGUUUGCUUGGAUUUGCCCAUUGGGAUUCUUUGAUUUGUUCUCUUAGAACAUUGAGUAAAAACUUGUGUGUGAUCACCUAAAUCUGAGAGAAACACUUGUGUGGGUGAGGAUCAAACACUUGAGAGUGUGAGGUUUUUAUCUACUAACUUUUGUGUUGAGAUUUUUCAGGUUUAUGAUGUUUGGUUUGCAAAGGAAAAGUAACAAGGAGAAGCCUCAACGAAAUUCUAACUCUCAAACUCCUUUUAAAUAUCGUUUGAAUUAUUUUGAUGAGUUUGUUAGUGUGCAGGAACAGCCAGCUGUAAGGAGAAAAACAACCAGAGAUGUGGCUGAUCCAAAAAGGCAACCCUUUCAAAUUGAUGUCCAACAAAUUUGUGAUAACCUUGUGAAGGGAGUGGACAAAGCCCUUAAGGACUUCAGCAAGAGCCAAAAGAAGAGCACAUCUACACGUGCCCCAGUAGCUGAGCCAUCCUUGUUCAUCAGUAAGAAAGCCCAAGGUGAAUCUGAAAACCAUUUUGAAGAACUUAAAGAUUUUUCAGAUUCUCUACCCAUUUUUGAUGAAUCUGAUGAAGAGCUAAUUGAAAGCUUGAUGUUUUGUGAAAAAGAUUGUGAUCUUCCUUCUCUUGAAACUGAGUUUAAUCUUGAUAAUGAACAAGCUAUUGUAGAACUAACUGUUUUGCAACCGGAGCUUCCGAGUAGUCUUGUUUUGUCUCCACAGGUUUUUGAGGAAGAGCCACUGGAUUUUCCACAUCAGUGCCCAUGUCUUGACACUAGGAUAUGUUUGGAUGAUGAUCUAGGUCCUAUCUUUGAUGAGGAGGACGAACCUGGUCCAGUCUUUGAUGAAGAAGCAACAAGCAUCACAUCCAUUGCUAUGGAGAAUUAUCUAUGCUUUGAUCCCGGCACAACUCCUGCCCCUUUACCUCCGGAUCUUCAAGAGCACUUGUUUAUUUUGAGUAUACAGGAAAGACAGGUUCAGCCUCUAAGAAUUGAAAGCAUUGACCGUGCCCAACAGUCUGAGUUUUGGAGAAGCUUUGUUGAAACCGGCUACCUUGAUACCAGCGAUAGAGGUUCAGUCCAAGGAGGAUAUCUCAACAUUCCGAAGGCCUUUUGUCAUGAAUCAAAUUUUCCCAGAAAGCCAACUCAAACGGUAUUCACUGAGGCUUGGAAUCGCAUGAAAAUCUUCACGGAUGAAGAAGUUAUGAAUUUUCCAAACUGGAGGUUCUUCAGUCCAUCUAUCCGCGAGUACCAGAUUUCUAAAAGAGAUUCAUGCCCCAGAAAGAAUCGGCCUGAGCCAAAACUGAUCCUCCAUGAACCAAAGGUGUUUCCUCAGUCAUUCUCCUGUCUAAACCAAAAGCACUGUAAGGAUCAUGAGUUGAUUGCCUCUACUCUUCAUGAAAAUGUUUUGAAACCGAGAAUUUCAAAGAGAAAACAUAUUCUUACGUGGUUGAAAAACGUUUUGCUCAAACCUUUUCAUGAAUUGUGUUCAUUGAGCUGUGCUUUGAAAGAGAUUUUGUUUAGGAAAAGGCAUGAACCAAAAUUGCUUAGGCCAAAGAAUUCUUUUGAUUUCGUUCAUGAUGAUAAUUUUUCAAAUUUGGCGUUGUCUCUUUCUUUCCAUAACAGUUUCUCACCUUGGCCUGAUUUUGAGAUUGAUAAAUCAAUUUUUGGCAACCAGCUUACUUGGUUAAUGCUUGCCCACAUCCUUGAUGAUUAUCCUAAGUGCUUGGAACCUGUUUUUGGUGUCUUAAGGAUAGAGAAACCCUUUGAUUAUUCCUUUACCAGAUUUGAUGUGGUUUCUCUAGUUGCUUUGAAUAAACAGGAUAAGCAUGAUUAGUUUCUAAGGAGAGCAAGCACCAAUGGACGCCAAAGUACUUGGAAUUCCUUGAUGAAAAUGACUUCAAAACUCCAAGGAAGUUACUGUCCAUAUUUUUCAUUCCCUGAAUUUUCCAUGAAUUUUAAUUCCUUUGUAUCUGAUUCAUCUCUUUUUGAUAUAGGUACUUUGGAUUUCAGGACAAAUCCUUUUGAAGAAGGAGGGAAUGAUAGACCGCGGUCCACGGAUCAGUACAUGGAGCCGAACCAGCCUGGAGAUCAGAACGUUCUGAACAUUUCAACCGAGGUUCAUGUUUUUCACCGUACCGGACAGACUGACCGUGCAGUGUACUGGACCGUCCCGCAUACGUCCGGAAAGGAGCUUUGGCUGGAACCAUGGCCAGAUGACCGAUCUGACCAUACUGGGGCUUGUCUUUCCCGUCCAACUUCACAUUUGAAGACAUAUGGUCGAGCUAGAAUCCACUUUGGACGAGCUGGACGAGGUGGCACUUACUUGGGCGAGCUAGAUGAGCUGAGUGAGCUAAGUGACACUACUUUGGAGCUGGAUGAGCUGAGUGAGCUAAAUGACACUAGCUUGGAACUGAAUGAGCCAAUUAACACUGAAGAUGGAGCUGGUUCAGCUGCUGGGCGAAAUGGGCCUUUUAAGCCCAAAGAAAAGUUCAUAAAAAGUUCAUUAUGGGAUUGUUUCUUUCCAAAUUCGACCAGCCCUUUCCUCAGUCCAUUUCAAGCACAUUCUCAUCAAGAAUACCAAGAGGGAGUCAGCAAGGAAGUCUUGGUCGUGCAUGGGAAAAAGAAUUCAACAAAAAUCAUUAAUUUCGGUCUUUA